UCUUUGUAAUCUGUGAACGCUUCCCGUGGAACGUAGGCAACAAGGUGGCCAUAUGUGUUAGUAAAAACACUGGAAGGUGCUUCUCAAAAGAAACAGUUCUCAACAACCUUAGUGUCGUCACAGAAAGGAAUGGUCACUCAACUUGGAGAAAAUGGAGGUGAAUACUGGAAAUUCCUGUUACAAUGAAAAGCAAUCUUUAGUUCAUUCUAAAUCUACCAAUGAAGAAAAAAGGCCUGCAGAAAAAGAAUCGAGCACUCCUGUAUUUGUUAAUUAUGCUGCAAUUGCUUGGCAUGAGAGUAGAAAAAAGUGGGUUGGUGAUCAGCGGAUGCAAAGAAUGGCAAAGGAUCCAAUCAUAAGCUGGUCAACAGCAUAUGAAGAUCUGCUUUCGACGCAUGACUCUUUUCCUGAGCCAAUCCCCUUAACUGAAAUGGUAGACUUUUUAGUUGAUAUAUGGCAUGAUGAAGGCCUCUUCGAUUAGACAGUGCGGAGACAGAUUAAAGUUGAAGAAGUCGUGAAAACCCCUUACAGUCCCUAAAUAUAAUCUAAUUUCAUAUAGAUGAUCUGAUACAUGAGGUGGGAAAGCAUUGCUAGGAACAAAAGGAAAAUCCUUUUUCAUCUUCUUAAUUCUUUGCAUUGUAAAAUCUAGAUAUUGUACAACAUUACCUCUUCAAUUGUUGGGGAAAAAAAUUAAUGUAAUCCCACUCAGUUCUAAUUCUGAACUAUGACUAUGAAUAUUUAAAGGAGAAGUUAGUUGUA